GCGGCCGCCACAAGCGCCGCGCAUUGCCACAUAAAUUGAAUCGUGCACGCGUACUUAUUGUUUACUAUACAAAUAACAGCAAAUAUUUAGUUUUCUGCAGUAUGAUAGCUAUAUAACACAGAGUGUAUUGCGAAUUUUAAUUGUUUAUAGACUUUUGUUUAUGAAGUAAACAUGUGUGUUAGUGUUAUUCUAUUUGGGAUUGUACUUUUGUUGGUGAUUGUACUUGCAAUAUUUCACUAUGGCACGAACGGAAGAAAGUAUUGGAACGUCAGAAAUGUUCCAUACAGAGAACCUUGUCCAAUAUUCGGAAACUUUGGUGCAACAUUAACAAUGCGUCGCAGUUAUACGAAAAUGCUACAGCUAUUUUACGAUCAAUUUCGAGAUAAAAGAUACGUCGGCAUUUUCCAAGCGAGAAGACCUGCCUUAUUUUUGAUAGACUUAGAUUUAGUGAAGACAGUACUUUCAAAAGAGUUUCCAAAUUUUAGUGAUCGGAUUUCAGUCGCCACAGAUACACGUCGAGAACCACUUUUGCGGAAUGUAGCCAACAUGAGCGGUUCUGAAUGGCAGAAAAUGCGCCACAUUAUAACGCCCACAUUUUCCUCAGCUAAAAUGAAAGCUAUGUUCCCUUUAGUGGCCGAUUGUGCAAAAACACUAAAAGCCACUCUUGCUUUCGAGUCAUUUGAAGAUAUUGAGGUUCCGAAGUUAAUGUGUCGUUUCACUACCGACGUUAUUGGAAGCUGUGCAUUCGGUGUUGAUCCUGGCUCCCUCAAAGACAGCCAAUCACCAUUUUUAAUUAUGUCGCAAAAGAUGUUCAAAGCAGACCGUACAACUAUAUUGAAACGGUACUGUCGUACAUUUUUCCCACGAAUAUUCAAACUUUUAAAUCUCAAAACCUACUCAUUGGACGUUGAAGUAUUUUUUACUAAUAUAAUUAAACGAGUCCUAACAGAAAGACGAAAGACUGGCGAGCAGCGAAGUGAUUUUCUUCAACUUAUGCUAAAUGUGCAAAAAACUGAAACAGGAUUUCCUAUGACCGAUGAAUUAAUAACAUCAAAUUCUUUUAUAUUUAUGUUAGCUGGCCUAGAAACGUCGGCAACUACAUUAUCGUUCUGUUUGUAUGAGCUAGCGCAAGAUCAAGAUCUGCAAAACAAGUUAAGAAAUGAAAUAGUUGAAUGCUUCGAUCGUUUUAACGGCUUAAAUUAUGAAGCUGUUUGUGCGAUGCGUUUAGUCACUCAAACAUACUUAGAAACAUUAAGAAUGCAUCCACCGACACCACUCACUACCCGGCUGUGUACAGCUCCUUGCACAUUGCCUGGCACCGAUUUGAAAAUGAAAGCGCGAGAUGCGCUUCUUGUCCCAAUACAUUGUAUUCAAAGGGAUCCCAAGUAUUUUUCCAAUCCUGAUAAAUUUGAUCCAGACCGAUUUCAAGAUGAUUUGAAUCCGACGGGCUUCAUUGCGUUUGGUGAAGGACCUAGGAGCUGUCCAGGUGCCCGUUUCGCGCAGUUGAUGGUGGCAGCUGGUCUUGCAACGGUCCUUCAAAAUUUCACCGUUGAGCCUUGCGCAAGAACUACUCCCAAUAUUCACUAUGACACUAGGAGCGUCAUGCUCAAAAAUAAAGGUAGCAUUUGGCUAAGAUUUAGACCGCUCGAAUAAUUGAAUAUGCAAUGAGGAAAUCUGUUAAUUAUCACUUAUACCAAAAACAUUUGAAUAUAAAUAUUUGGUAAUUGGAAUGAAGUAAGGAAAAACAGGCGAGAAGAAAUCACACAGAUGACCAAAGAUAUCACAAAUAUUCAGACAACAUAUAAUGGACGUGACAAUCAACAAAGAAUACGAAGAAUAAAUAAUCAAGACGAAUUAUAUUACAUACGUAAAGAUUGUUUACAAAAAAUAUGAGUGGUAGCUUAAAGUUUAAAUUAAAUUUAUAGUGGAUAAAUACAUCACGUAUUUAUUAAAUUUUCAGUAUUAUUGCUCUAAUAAACCUCGAUAAUGUAUACCAGCAGUAGGUACAAUGAUAAAUCUUAUCUGACAUUACUGAAAUAUUGUUUUUAUUUAGAACUUAAUCGAUCGAUGAUGAACGUUUAUGAUUUAAUAUAAAUUAAUUACAUCAUUAUCAGUUUUGCAAUUUAAAAAGUCUUAUAUUGGCAUAGAGUAUAUAAUUAAUCGAAGUUUAUUGAUUUUUACGUAAAAUUAUGAAAAAUAUUAGGACUGAAUAUGUACCUAAGUAAUUUUAAGCUAUGUUUAUACUUUGUAGAUUAUUGUAGUACAUUUAAAGGGAUACUUAAUUUAAUAAUAAGAUAAUUAUCAAUCUCAA